AUGCUUUCAAUUGUCAUCACCUUCGUUUUCGACCUUCUUUGCCGCUGCUUCACAUGCUUCUCCCCGCCACCCGAGGAAGGCACCCUUCCAGCCCCAGUCUCAUCCCGUCAGCUUCGCUCAGCCUUGCGCGAGUCGGCCGACUGGGGCCCUUAUCAGUCCAUCUUCCAUCCUAGCUCACACAAGUCUCUGCACUCGGCAUCAGCUUCGUCCUGCGAGAGCCAGAACGAUCAAAGCUACGAACACGGACGAUGCGACUCUCGUGAACUCGCCACGCCACCCACGUCUCCGCCCCUCCAGACUCCGCCCCUACGCCUAAGCCUGCCCCGCUACGAGGAGGAGUCGGGAUCAUUCUGGUCUCUACGGCGCAGCGCCACGAGCACCCGGAUCGGAGAGAUGCUGUCCCCCUCCCCCUCGCGCAGCCCUCGCAAGCUUCUCAAGUCGCUCUCGCUUCCUCGGCUCUCGCCCAAGCUUGCGACUCAGCCGUUCCGGGUGCACAACGCCUCGCAGGCCGUCGACGGCGCCGGGGGCAUGUUUUCCCUCCCUUUCCCCAUCAAGGCGGAGAUCGCUGUCCACGUCGACGUUCAUGUGGCUUCAGAGGCCAGGGCGGUGGAUGAGGAGGUUCGUUCAAAAAGCCCCGAUAACGACAGCGACAACGAUGUCCUUCAGACCCCCAUCGACUCUUUCUCCCCGUCGUCUGCUCUCGAGCAUUCCAACGACCGUGCCGGGUCUAGUCUGUACGUCGCCCGACUCGGAACCUGUCAUCUCUCCGUCACGACGAUCGAACGAAACGAAGAGCAAGAUAUCGAGAUGGAGAUUAUGGCAGUCAGCAAGGAGUUCUCCGGAUGGCGGGUGGAGGACUUGUCCGACGGGGAGUCCGACGUGGAUACGUCCGAGUCGGUGGAGCCCUAUUACAGUGUCGUUUAA